AUGACAGAUAUAAACGAAAUCAGAACUCGUUUGAAGCAGUUGAAUGAUGAUGCUUGGUCUGGCAUUGAAGUCAAAAGCACAGGGAAACUUGACUCUUCAUUGAAGAAAAACACAGCCUUCGCCAAAAAGAUAAGAGUCUCGAUGAACCAUGAGAACUUACAAUCAACAUUGAAGGACAUAUAUGGCUUAUCGUUGGAGAAGUAUCUCUCUGAGAUUUUAGCGGCGGUCACCGAAGGACUUCUAAGGGUCGUGAAACCUGAAGAUAUAAUAGCGACCAUGGAGAUUGUUUCAGCAUUGAAUCAGAGAUUCUGUAGCACAUUUAGCCCACAACUCUUGGCCAACAUUUUAAACGUAAUGGCCAGACAACAAGCAUCUCCAUUACCAGUAACCAAACAGAAAUCGAUGCUCAGGCUAAUCACGGAGUUGAACAUCAUUGGAGUGUUUAGGACUUUGGGUGACUUAUCCUCGAACGAUGAGGUGCUAUCCCCGUUUAUUGUAAAGAAUUUUGCCAAAUUGGAGAAGAAACAAGUAUGUGUAGUUGUGUUGAGGGAUUUGUUGAACGAUGAUGUAAUGAGUGGGAAUACAUUACCGAUAGCAGUUGGUUUCUUGAGGAGAUUCCACACAAUUCUAUAUGGAACAGAAGGGGCCGAACUACACACGCUAGACGAAAACACAACUGCUGAAAUCAAGCACAUUUUCGAAAUAUACGCACAGGCCAAUCUCAAGGCAUUGAUUCAAACGAACGAGAAGUCAAAGUCCCUUGAAAUUAAAAUAAAAAAGACUUCAAUUAGGACAGGAAAAAUUCCAGAAAAUUUGACUAUGGAGAAAGAGCAGUUGGAUGAAAGAUUCUCGAACAUGAAGAGUGCCUGUCAAUUUUUUGUUGAGGUGAUUAAGAAAACAAACGACGGUUUCGAGCUUAGCAUGCCCGACCUUUCCUACGAUCCCAAGGACGAAGAGACUGAUGACUCUGUGGUAGAGGUGGUUAAAAAUAAAUCUGGCGAAGAUGAUUCUGGCGUAUGGGAGAGCAUAGAAACCAAGAAUUUCUAUACUAGAAUUCCAGAUCUCACGGACGUAGGCGACACAGCUGUGCCAUCGUCACCCAUGAUGUCAUCAGAUGGUGAAAGAAUGAGAGAUUUCAUUGCAAAACUUGAGAUUGUAUCUACUGUGAGUGAAAUCGACAACUUAGCUGAAGAGUUUUUGACCUCAAAAUUGAAUAAUAAAGCAUCGAAAAAUCGUAUAUUCAAAUACUUCCUUGAAACCCCAGAGAUAUCAAGGUUAAAGUUUUUCGCGAGAUUUAUGGCAAUCCACCGUAACACACUAGGAGAAUUAAUCAAUGAACUAGUCGAGUAUGUUGACAAAGGGUUCAGAACCCAAAUUUAUAACUCCAACAGUAGGUUGAACUUCAAAAACAUUUUCUUCUUCUGUGAAUUAAUCAAAUUCAACUUAGUCCCUGCACACGUCAUUUUUCACAAGAUUCGAGCAUUAACAUUGAAUGUAUCAUCCACCAACAACUUAGAUAUCCUAUCCGUGUUCUAUGAACAAUGCGGUAGGCUCUUGUUAUACGAAUCGGAUUACAAGGAGACCAUGAAGGAAAUGAUCACAUUAUUGAAAGAGAAGAGAAGUAACGAGCAGUUUUCAAGUAAUGACAAAAUAGCCUUUAACAAUUUAUUGGUCAUCGUGGAGCCUCCUGUAGUUAACACUAAAUCGAAUCCAUUUGAGGAGCAUGUUGAAUUAUCGCCUUACCAACAAUUUCUCAAUCAUUUGAUAAGGUUCGAAUUGAAUGAAGAGAACGUUAAAUUAAUCAUUCAAUUGAUUCGUAAGAUGGAUUUUGAAAAAUCGCUCGAGCUAAGAGAAACCUUGGAAACUAAUUUGUCACUGCCUGAAUUGGUCAACUAUGACAGUUUGCCGUAUUUGGCAGUUGUAUUGCAUAAGCUCUCCUUCCAUCGUCCUACUAAAUGGUUAAAUGCAUGUGUUAUAGACUCAGUAAUAGAAAAAAUUAUGAGAGGAUUAGAAUUGACUGAUUAUAGACUUAAUAGAGGAAGAGUGGCUCAUGUUCGAUAUCUAGCGGAGCUUUAUAACACAGGAUCUGUCGAUUGGAAGCUAAUCAUGAAUAUCUUGUAUAAGAUUCUCAAUACGGGACAUGCUAAUAACCAACCAGUACCUAUGAGUUACAACGUUGAAACCGACUUGCCUGCUAAUUAUUUCAGAAUUCAGUUAUGUUGUGUCUUGCUAGUGAACAUAAAAAGAGAAGCUGGUUUACCUAAACGUAAGUCUACAGUGAGGAAAAAUAUGAAAAAAAUUGCUUCAGAAGACUUGCACCAGUUCAUGUGCUAUUUUGAAUACUACAUAUUCACUAAGAAGCAACCAAUCCCCAUCGAAACUGAAUUUAAGAUUAGCGAUUUGAUUGAGAAAUUAUAUGAUGGACAAUAUGAGAGAGCUACAAAUAUUAACGGGGCCAUUGUUAAAUUGCAGGCCAUAAUUCAAAAGCGAAGUGAGAAUCAAGUGAAAAAUGAAGAAUUAGAAGAAGAAGAAGAGGAGGAAGAAGAAGAAGAAGAAGACGAAGACGAAGACGAAGACGAAGAGGAAGAAGAAGAAGAGGAAGAAGAAGAGGAGAUAUUAGUAGACGUAAAUGGUGACGAUUUUGACAUUGGAGUUGAAGUGGACGAGGAUGAAGACGAUGAUGAAGAAGACGAAGAAGAUGAUGAGGAUGACGAGUAUGACGACAUAGAUGUUGACGAAGAAGAUGACUUAGAAGGUGAUGAAGAGGACGACGAAGAGGAUGAUGAAGAUACCCAAGAUUCCUCGUCAGACUCGGAAUCUGACUCAGAUUCUGAUGAUGAGGUAUCUGAUGAGUCAGAUUCAGAAAUACCGCUUUCAUCAGAGGAUCAAAAAUUGGCUGACGAACUAGAGAAAGAUUUUCAAAAGCUUGUUUUUGAUUCCUAUGUUCUCAACAAAAGUAAUACUGGGAGAGGUAAUAAUAAAUUUGCUGUUGCAAUUCCGUCCAAGAAAGUCAUUGAAACUGCUUCUCAGUCCACUGCUGAGCAAGAUAGUAAGCAUACACCGUUUACACUCAUUACCAGGAAGGGUAAAAAGACAAAUGCCACUCAAGUCUUACUUCCUGAUGAUUCUAAACUUGCUUUAACUAAGAAAAGAGGUGAUGAAGAUGAAAAAAUUCAUAGAGAAAGAAUCAUGCAAUUGGUGAGCAAUAUGGAUUAA